GACUAUCUACAACCUGUUGUUCCAGCUGAUUGCGGACCGAUAGACGUCGACGAACGAGCUGCGAAAUAUGGACCAAAUCGAGGCAAAAAUGGACCAAGAUGGUUUUCCUACCUUUCAGCUGAGCAAGCCAAGGUUCGACCAGAGCACGUUCCUAGGGCGAUAUCGUCACUUCUUGGACAUUAUAGACCCAAGGACUCUCUUUGUUUCCCAAGAAAAAAUUAACUGGGCUGUAGAGCUCCUAGAUGCCUAUCAGAAAGGAAGCCUGCCCGACGGGGUCACAAACAAACAGCUAUGGGAGGCACAGAAAAUCAAACAGGCAAUAGUUCACCCUGACACAGGAGAAAAGGUGUUCAUGCCCUUCAGAAUGUCAGGCUUUGUUCCGUUUGGAUCUCCCAUUGUUGUUGGUCUUCUUCUUCCAAAUCAAACCAUUGUAUCAUCUGUAUUUUGGCAAUGGAUAAACCAAAGUCAUAAUGCUGGAGUGAACUAUGCGAACAGAAAUGCUACGAAGGAGACACCUGUGUCAAGUUUCGUCAUGGGAUAUGUAGGAGCUGUAACAAGUGCUUGUUCAAUAGCAGUAAGUUGGUUAAAUUUGCUUGUCAAGAGGGGCGCAAACGUCAGUCCAGCGAAACGGAUGAUCAUCCAAAGAUUUGUGCCUUUCCUGCUGUUGGUAGCCACAGCUAGUGUAUGUAACGUGACUCUCAUGAGAUUCAGUGAGCUUCGGACUGGUAUAGAGGUCAUGGAUCAUAACAAUCAGGUCGUUGGAACAUCCAAGGUGGCUGCCAAAAAGGCACUUUUAGAGACAGCGAUGACAAGAGCUUUUCUUCCUGCUCCACUGCUGUUAAUACCUCCCAUUGUGAUGACGCUCAUUGAAAACAAGACUUCCCUUCUGAAGCGCUACCCCCGUCUGAAUCUUCCCGUCCAGGCCUUUGUUGCAACCGCUGCCUUUGCCUUUGCCUUACCACUCGCCAUCAGCAUCUUCCCUCAGACCAGCCAUAUAUCUACCUCUAAACUUGAGCCUGAGAUACAGGAACUUUGCAAGGAAGCGACCGUGACAUACAACAAAGGUCUGUGAGAGGUCAAUUUAGAAGGAAGUCUGUCCUUACCCUCAAACAUUCCAGAGAUUUUAUGAAGUUUGAUACGAACCGACAAUGAUAUACCAAAGAGUUCUGCGAGAGAUGUUCCUAGAAAGAAGUCUGUCAUACGAUGGAUCUAUACAGUCUAUAUUUAUACCCUCAAAACAUUCCAGAGUUCCAUGAAGUUUGCAAAGAACCAACAGUGGCAUACCAAACAAAGGUGUGUGAGAGAAUAUCUUCAGAAUGUCUGACUGAUACCCCUCAAAUAUUCUAGAGUUGUCUGAAGUGUGCAGACAACCAGCAGUGGCAUACAUCAAAGGUCUGUGAAGGAUCGUUGGAGUAAAGAAAAUGCAGGGUCUGUCAUUCGGUACCCCAGACCUUCCAAGAACCAGAGAAUCCAUUACACUUAUUAUAUUCAUAUUUAUGUGAAAUGGCAUUGGCCAUGAUGUCUACUGCCAAACCUGCAUUUACAGCCCUCUUAUGCCGGGAAGACAUGACAUGUGGCCAUUAUAGACAUGGUGCUACUGACUAGAGAUGGGUUGCCUUUGAUAUCAAACAGAUGUAAUGAUAUGUAAUCAGAGAUGUAGGGAGUUGAAAUAACAGCAUUUUUGAAAGAUUUUUGUAAAGCAUUGGCUUUUACAUGAUUUCUACAGAAAUACCUCAGAUUUUUAUUUUGAUUUUGGUGGACGUAUUCUAAGUGCCUUGCUAACCAAAUCAAUAUACCUCUUGAAUGUAUGCAUCACGAUAACAUUUAUGUGCUAGGUGAAUCGUUAAUAUUAUCAUUGUUUAUUAUGUGUUAUAAUAAUACUAUUUGAUUAUGAAUAUGCCUUUGUUUGUAAGACUGCCAUAUUCAGUGACUCUGUAAACAAUGAUUAAUAUUUAAAAAAAUAGAAUCUCAUCAAAGUUAACCAACCAAAGGAAAAAAGAAGAGAAAGAGUAGGACUGAUUGAAUAUUAGAAAGAUGGAGAAGUUGGACAUUAUACAGAUGAUUUUUACUCACCAUUUCGACCAAUUACAGUAAUCCUUUAUCCUUCCAAGUUAGUUCUAAUGUUAGGCUGUUAAAUUUAAACUUGCUGAACACUUCAUAUGUGCACAAAGACGUAGGCUAACAGUUGAAAAUUAGGCACAAAUUAAAUUUGGCUGAAUUAUGCAAACUUGAAAGUGAUAUUAGCAGAUAUUGAGCAUCCGUUAUCAAUUUUUGAUGGAAGAUGUUUUGUAUGGUGGGAAAAUAAAUGCACGCCCAUGUGAUGUCAAUUGACCAACCGGAUUGCUUAGAUUCUAGAACCUGUCUUAUAAAAUGAAAAUAAAAAAUCGUGAAUUGGGGACUCAGAAAACUAGACUUUUUAGUACAUUGGCAUGAUCAUGACAUGAAGAAUUUGAAAGAAAAAAAUGUGUAUAGUCUAUAUAUUUUAAUGUGAUGUCUUCCAGAGGUACGAAACAGGCAUGUUUUGGAAAAAAUAGGAAGGGUUGUUUUUUAAUUAUUUUUAAAGAAAAUAAAUAUAUUUUAAUAGUAGGUUGUGAUUCUAGUGGUGAUAAUAGGAGGUUUCUGUACAAAAUGUAGUUCUGAGCACUUGCAAUGCUCCAGUAUUACCAUAGUUUUAGCAUGGCUGUUAUUAGGGUGCUUUAGAAUUCAACAAUUAUUUCCCCCACCAGUACCUUUAUACAUUUACUUUAAUGGGUCGAGAUAAAAGUCUUUCUAAAGGACAGUGUUACCUUGACAAGGUUUGAAACCACAGUUUUAUCCAUUCCAGUCAAGUCAAGUGUUCAAACCUAUGGACCUGUAAUUGCAUAGUUUUAUACAUGUACAGAUAUGUACAUUUAAAUGUAUGAUGUUGCAAAGCAAUUUGAGAAAUGCUUCUUACAACUUAACUUAGAUGAAUGUGAAAUUUUUAAAAGAAAUACUCCUAAAACAGGAAUAGCUUGAAAAGAAUCAUGUAAUUUUGAAGACCAAAGUCACAACUUGCACAAAACUAAGCUUGGUAAUUGUGUAGAGAUGAAUUAUUUUCUUGUACACUUCUAAUGAAAAACAAUUUAUUGUGUGCUUCCAACUUAGAUAUUUAUUAAUCUUUAGAAAAAUACAUAUAUUUAUGAAUGUAUAAUUAUGAUGAGAUAUUAUUCCAAUUCAUGUAUGAAUAAAUUAUUAUGGUAAACAGAAUCACUAAAUGCAUAUAUAUCAUGUAGUAUAUUUCAUUUAAAGAACUGUUUAUAUGAUAAUUAAAAUAUGUAUAUUUAAUGUUUAACAUUUCACUAAUUUUAUAUUGGUACUGUCCAUGUAUAUACCACAAUGUGAAAUUGCCAUUACUUUUGAUAAACUUAUGAAGUUAUGAAAGAAGCAAACAAAAGUCUUUUUUGUUUUCAAGUUUAUGCGAUCAUGUUAUAUUGAGAAUUUUAUAAUCAUGAAAGAAUACAGAUAUUAAUUAAUUCAA